AUGGCAAAGGGAUUAAGAGCAAAGACUAGAAGAAGACUAAGAACAGCCCGUCGUGAGCAUUUCCAAGAGAUCUAGGGUAAAUCUGACUAGCAAAAGAUUGUUCAGAGACUUAACAAUCCAUACUAUGACUUGAGAUCAGAUUUUUCGGUGAAGGCAAAUGCUUUCGUUGAGCCAAAUAACCCAUAAGCUGUAUUCCCAUAGAUUGCUAAGCCAAACAUCAUGGACUUCAGAUCACAUAAGAUGGCAAAGGGAGGCUGGACUGGCGUUAAUAAUUUCAGGAAAAUACAUUCAGAAAAUGCUAUUAAGUCAAAAUACGAGAGUGUAGUUAAGACCAAUGAGGACUUAGAAAGAGAUGCACAGAAUAAAGAGCAAUAAAUGGAAAGUGACAGUGAAGAGGAGGUACAGGUUGCCUAAUCAAAGGCCAAGAAGAACUAUACAAUAGACGAUAUUAUGCAAUUAGAUAGCAAAUUAAGCAUUGGCAAAAAGAAGAAGUAAGCAGCCCCAGCACUAUAAGCUAGCAACCCUGUUAAAAAGGAGAAGAAAAAGGUGUUUUCAAAGAAGAGCAAAAAGAUCAUCAAGUUUUGA